GUGUUAUUCAAGCGUCGGUAGAAUUGGUGGCAAGCAGUAUACUUCUAUUGGUUAUGGUUGUGAAAGCGGUGGAAUUGUUGCUCAUGAGCUGGGACAUGCUCUUGGAUUUUGGCAUGAACAAAGUCGACCGGAUCGUGAUAUAUAUAUCAAUAUCAAUGAAGAUCAUAUAUUUCCGGGUACCAAAGGGAACUUUGAAAAAAGGAGUGAUAUUGCAAUUAUGGAUGUACCAUAUGAUUUUGGUUCUGUAAUGCAUUACGGUCCACAGGCAUUUACUAAUGAUUAUCAUUAUGUGACAAUCGAAACGAAAGAUCAUCGCUUUCAGCAUACAAUCGGUCAAAGGAAUGAUCUUUCCUUUAUCGAUAUCAAAGAAGCAAAUCGAAUGUAUUGUGGCGAUAAAUGUAAAAUAAAACUGAAUUGUUUGAAUGGUGGUUAUGAAGAUCCACGAAAUUGCGCCAUUUGUAAAUGUCCAGGAGGAAGUGCUGGUAUACGUUGCGAAAGUAUACCACGAUCUACAAUGGGUUGUGGAGGUGAACUGAUAGCUGAUGAUAAAUGGCUUACAUUAAAAAAUAAUAUCGUUGGAAAUUGCUUUUGGCGAAUAACUGCACCACAAGGAAAAGUGCAUUUAGAGGUGUUAGAUGCAACAUAUAUAUGUGAUUCAUCAUGUGCUGAUAAUUAUCUGGAGAUAAAACAUGGAAUAAUGCUGGAACAAACUGGAUUUAGGCAAUGUUGUAAUGCUGUACCAGAUUCCACAUCAAAUCCAUUACCUAAACCACCUCCAGCACAAUGGAAAGGAUAUGGUGGAAUAACCGGAUUGAUUGGAGCUGAAAAUGGUAUUGAUAAUACUUGGGAACGUGUUGUUCUUAAAGAACUCCCGCGAACACUUCAAACUUUUGGUCGACCAUCUAAAAAUUUAUUUUCCGAUAUUUCUCGUAUUUUGCAAAUGUUUUUUAAUCAACGAUAA